GUAGCCUUUUCUGAUUGGCUCUCUGAACGCUCCGGCAGGACCGUACUUCCGGCGGAAGGGGACGCGGGAGAUUCGGUUGCUGGCGUUUGGUGAGCCGCUGCUUCUGAGCGGCGGGCGUCCCUUGGUGGUUGCCCGGGCUUGUCUCGGUCCUGUGCCUCAGUCUUCAGCUACAUUUGUAAGUGCCUCCCGUUAUGCCAAGAACAGCCAGAUAUUGGAUGACUUCAGUUAACAAAAGAGAUUGCUGUCCUAAGGGACGAAGGCUAGACACAUGAGUAAAAGACGGAAAUUCCUUUUUGCCUCAGUACUUGCUCUCCAUAACUCAAGUUUUAUAUAUCCAUCAUGCCAAAAGUGCCUCUCUCGGAUAGUCUUUGACUCCAAAAGGUUUGCUUGUCCCAAGUGCGGCUCUGCUGGUGAAGCUGAAAGUGCCAGUUACAGAUACAAACUUUCCUUAAAAGUGGCAAGAUCCAACCAACUAUUUGUCAUUACUGUAUUUGGGAGCUGCUUAGAUACAUUUUUUGGACUUACUGCCACUGGUUUACACAAGUACCUUGAGGAUUCUAAUAAAAUCCCAGAAACCCUGGACAGUGGUAGAAUUCAGAGCCUAUUGACCAAAGCAGUAGAAAACUGUUUUGUUGGACAAAACUUUGUGUUUGGAGUGACGAAUUUUGGAGAAGUAUAUGGACAUGAUUCAGAUUCCUGUAGCUAUUUACAGCCAUACUGUAAGUACAAAGGAGAAGUCAGAACUCUGGUGGCUUCCCAGAUUGUUCUACCUGACCCACAUGUUACAGGCUUUACUGUUGCUGACUACUUAAACCAGCUUUUGCACAGUUUCAAUAUCAAGAAACAUUGUGGUUCUCAGGAACAUAGCGGCCAUUCCCUCACUUUAGAUCGCUCAGACAGUGAUCUAAGCAGCAUACAGGGCCUUGGGGAAACAUCCUCUUUUCUGGAGUCCUGUGGCAGAGAUGAUUUUUUCAGAUUCUGGCCGCCAUCUCUUGAGCUGACUUCUACUGAUUCACAAGUAACAGCUAAUGAUGAUGUUCCAGCUUCAGAACAAAUCGUGGCCAGUGGUACUCCUAACCAAAACAGACAGUACAUCUCCUUUUCUGAGGUCACUGAUUCCAAGAACUGCCAUGAUCCCCUUCAGAGUUCAUGGAGCCUUGCUUCUUCUAUGGACAAGAAUAAUACAACAGGAAAGUUGGGUGAAGAAUUUGGUUCACAAGCUAAACAUCUAAGUCCAGCUUUCAGCAGUUGUUAUGAAACUAGACUGUCUGACUCUAAUUUAUUCCCUUUGCAAAUGCAAGAACCCUUUGAGACAGAUAAUGCAGAAAGCUACAGUAAAGCAGAAAAAAGUGAUUAUUCCAAAUAUGAUCUCCCAUGUUACCAGCGUCGUGAAGUAAACAGUACCACCAUUCUUCAAGAGAGAUCUGCAUUUUUGUUAUCACUCAAACCUGAAGAAACAGUGAUUGCCUCCCAGAACCGUGACUCCUUGAUUUGGGACGAUCUACCACUCUCUGAAAGCCUGAACAAGUUUCUAGCAGUUGUUGAAAGUGAGAUUGCUGUAAGUGAGACAGAUGCUAAGGAUAAAAAACAGGGUAUAGAAGAUAUUGAUAAAUUCCACACAAACCACAGCAGGUUAUCAGUGACUCCCUGCAGAAAUACUGGAGGUCUGAAUAUAACACCUUUACACUUAAAAUCAUCACAAGCAAUGAUGAAAGCAAACUCUAGGAAAGAGACCUUCUUUUCCAACUGUGAGUCUAAUACAAGUCCUCAAAUUCAAGAAGACCCAAAACCAGAUGUGACAGCAGAGGCUGUCUCUCUAGGCAGUCAUAGAAGUGAUACCUCAGAGUACUUCCUACCAGAUACUUGCUUAUCGGCUCUGUUUACAUCUUCAAAAGGAACGGAAGCAUCAGUUACCCAAAAGAACACUACUGGGAUCCUACAACAAAGGAGUGAAACCUCACUCAGGCCUAGUACCUCAACAAGUGACCUUUUUAAUCUCAAUAACAAAUAUUUGAAUGGAUAUGGAGAAAAAUCAUACUCAGAAACAAAAGAAAAUUUGGCAAGCUUGUGUUCUAAGAAAUACGGUGAUGUUUCUGAUCUUCACAAAUUAGAAAAUAAGCAGCAUUAUAGAUGGUCAAAUAACCAAGAUGACAAUUUUACAAUAUGCCGGAAACUCACAUAUCCUUUAGAGACCCUUUGCAGUAGUCCAGGAAGUACAAACACAUUGAAAGAAAUAGCUUACAGGCCUAUCAAUAAUAACUUAACACAAAGUUACUCUGCUGAUCAUGAAGGUAGCUACAAUGCUUCUGCUGAUCUUUUUGAUGAUAUUGUUAAAGAUGAGAACAUUGGAACAGAAAUUACCAAAAUGUCACAGGAUAUCUUGUUACCGUUGGAAGCAUCUUGCACAGAAAAUCAUCCUAUAAAUGAGAACUGCAGCCCGCCCUCACAAAAAUCAUCCUUGCAAAACCUUUCAGCAUCGAGAUAUCCAAGAGCAAGGUCUCAGUCAGACUCAGAAUGUGAUUUUGAAGAAAGCCAAGACUUUGUCCCAUGUUCACAGUCAACUCCAGUUGCAGGCUUCCACCACAGAAUUCAAGGCAUAAGGGGAGCUUUCAAAAUAGUGCCUUCCUUAUAUUCAAAUCUUAAUGCUAACUAUAAAACCACAAAAAUUUCUCCUGAAAAUGGCAAACAUCAAGCCACCCUCACCUGCCCAAAGAAUGUAAAAACACCUGGCCAGAAAUCUAGAAGUUCUGUUCUAUCUAGUUUGACACAACCAGAGAUGUUUAACCCUUGCCCUACAGCUGAGUGCCUUGAAAGUGAUAUGGCUGAAUGGAUCCCCCCUACCACUAAAAAAGUAUUUUUUUCGGAUAGUCUUGGAUUCAAAGUCACAUGUUUAAGGAAGUACCCUGCUGUCCGUUAUUCCCCUUACCUAAAGGAGUUACCAAGGAAGAAACUGAUAAAAGUCACACAUAAAACCAGCAUGUUUAAUUAAGAAUAUAUUUACAGCAACAGUUGACAAAACAAGUAUCCUAAAUCAUCAGGCUGAAAAUAGGAAAAGUCCAUUUUGAGAUGGUUGUUCAGAAGUAAAAUGUUGCCUUCCAUUUUCAAAAUCCUGCCCAUUUCAGUGUCUGAAAAGAAAAGCGGUUGGUCACCAAAAUUAUUUCCAUAUAGACUCAUAUGAAGCCAGUCCUCAAAAAGUUUAAGUAAAGGCUUAUCUGUUUGCAAAGCUUUGCUUUCACUGACUCGGAAAACAAUCCUUAUAUUUUGGACACUUACAGAAAAUCAUUACUAGAGUAUGGACUGUACUGAGUGCUGUUGGGUCUUUCAAGGUUUCACCAUGGCUUUUUUUCUCCAGAAUACUGGGAUGAGGUAACUGAGCACUUUAUCUUACAUUGACUGUAUUCACCUGUUGAUAUUAUAUUUAAAAGUAUUUGUUAAAAUAUAGGCAUCCAGAAAUAAAAUCUUUGUACGA